CAAUGGGUGGCGGUGAUAGAAAACAUCGUUCCCGUUCACGCGAAAGAGAACGUUCGCGUGAUCGGGAUCGUUCACGCGAACGAGACCGUUCUCGUGACAGGGAACGUGAACGUCAGCGGGAUUCUCGUGGUGGCGGUGAUCGGAGAACGGCACGUCAUUCCAGAUCUCGUUCUAAGGAACGUUAUACCAGUGGCAGAGGAGGUGCCGGCGGUGGCGGUAGAUCUCCUGAGCGGUCAUCAAAUCGCGAACGAAAUCGUGACCGAUCAAAAUCCCGUGAACGCCAAAGGGAUUACGAGUCCUCGCGAAGCCAUGACAAGAGACGCGAUGAGAGUAGAGGAGGUGAUAAACCAUCCAAGGAUGUAAUCAUAAUCGAAGAUGAUGAAAUGGCUGCAGAAGAACAAAAGAAAGAUAAGCAGAAAAAGGUUGAACCACUCUCCUUGGAGGAGUUGUUGGAAAGAAAAAAGAAGGAAGAAGAAGCACGCAGUAAACCCGUCUUCUUGACCAAAGAACAACGAGCCGCCGAGGCUUUAAAACGUCGGCAGGAAGAAGUUGCAGCAAUGAGAGCAGGCCAACCCAGUGGUAGUAGGGCUGGAUUUUCCGGAGCACCUUCAUCCAGCAGUGCAGCUGAUAACAGUUUCAGUAUAUCAGCCCGCCGGGUGGAUAGAAACGACCGAGGAGGUCGGGAGAGAGAAAAGGAAAGAGACAGAGAACGUGAAUCACGACGAGCAGAUGAUCUGUCACAAAAGGAUAAAGAAAAGGAGUUGGAAGCCAUUCGGGAACGUUAUUUGGGCAUUGUUAAGAAGAAGCGGAGGGUAAGGCGUCUGAAUGACCGUAAAUUCGUUUUCGAUUGGGAUGCUGCCGAGGAUACCUCCGUUGAUUACAACAACCUCUACAAGGAAAGACAUCAUGUCCAGUUCUAUGGUCGUGGUAAUGUUGCCGGUAUAGACAUCAAGGAACAGAAGCGUAUGCAAAGUCAAUUUUAUGGUGAUCUGCUGGAAAAACGUCGUACGGAAGCGGAAAAGGAACAGGAAAAAGUCCGCCUCAUUAAAGUCAAGCGUAAGGAAGAAAAACAAAAAUGGGAUGAUCGUCAUUGGUCCGAAAAGGAUAUUGACGAAAUGACUGAACGUGAUUGGCGUAUUUUCCGUGAAGAUUACAAUAUAACCAUAAAAGGUGGGAAAAUCCCCAAUCCGAUACGCAGUUGGAAAGAGUCCGGUUUCCCCAAGGAACUUUUGGAAAUUAUUGACAGUGUGGGCUAUAAAGAGCCAACGCCCAUUCAAAGACAGGCUAUACCAAUUGGCUUACAAAAUCGUGAUAUUAUUGGUGUUGCCGAGACAGGUUCGGGUAAAACAUUGGCUUUCCUUAUACCGCUGUUGGCAUGGAUUCAAUCGUUGCCGAAAAUUGAACGACUCGAAGAUGCCGAUCAGGGUCCGUAUGCCAUCAUUAUGGCACCUACACGUGAAUUGGCCCAACAAAUCGAAGAAGAAACUGUGAAAUUUGGUCAGCCCUUGGGUAUACGAACGGUGGUCGUUGUGGGUGGUCUGUCACGUGAAGAGCAAGGUUUUCGUUUGCGUAUGGGCUGUGAAAUUGUCAUUGCCACACCGGGUCGUCUUAUCGAUGUUUUGGAAAAUCGUUACUUGGUCUUGAAUCAGUGUACCUAUAUUGUAUUGGAUGAAGCUGAUCGUAUGAUUGAUAUGGGUUUCGAACCGGAUGUACAGAAAAUUUUGGAAUAUAUGCCGGUGACAAAUCUGAAACCGGACACCGAAGAAGCUGAGGAUGCAAGUAAAUUGAUGGAGAAUUUCUAUUCGAAAAAGAAAUAUAGGCAAACUGUGAUGUUUACAGCCACUAUGCCACCCGCAGUUGAACGGCUUGCCCGUUCAUAUUUGAGACGUCCUGCCACUGUGUACAUUGGUUCUGUUGGCAAACCAACCGAACGUACCGAACAAAUUGUCUACAUGAUGGGCGAAAACGACAAACGCAAGAAAUUGAUUGAAAUUCUCAAGCGGGGUGUCGAUCCACCGGUUAUUAUUUUCGUCAAUCAAAAGAAAGGUGCCGAUGUUUUGGCCAAAGGUUUGGAAAAAUUGGGCUACAAUGCAUGUACACUUCACGGUGGCAAGGGUCAGGAGCAGCGUGAAUAUGCUUUGGCUUCUUUGAAAUCGGGUAGCAAAGAUAUAUUGGUGGCCACCGAUGUUGCUGGCAGAGGUAUCGAUAUUAAGGAUGUCUCAUUGGUUAUUAAUUACGAUAUGGCCAAGACCAUCGAAGAUUAUACACAUCGUAUCGGUCGUACGGGCAGAGCAGGCAAAAAUGGUGUGGCCAUUUCGUUUGUUACCAAGGAUGAUAGUGCGCUGUUCUAUGAUUUGAAACAGGUGGUAAUGGCAAGUCCGGUAUCGGUUUGUCCACCGGAGCUAAUGAAUCAUCCCGAUGCUCAACACAAACCGGGCACAGUGGUGACGAAAAAGAGACGAGAGGAAAAGAUUUUCGCAUAA